CAGUUUCUCUUCACAGCUCUCGGGUGCCCUCCACCAGGGUUCCCUCUUUCCCAAAAUCCAGAUGAAGUUUCUCUUGCUCAUGAGUCUUUAUCUGCUUGGAUCUGCCAGAGGAGCACCAAGUCAGCUGGAUGAGCCCCCUGGCUCUUCGAUUCAUCAACCUUCCGUCCAGCAAUUUUCAGGUGAGCCCUUUUCACUGGCAACCCCUUCAGACCGCGAGGCUUUCUUUGACACUUCUUCAGGCCGGGACGCUUUCAGCAAGCAGGCUGCAUUCGAGCACGCUUUAGUUGGACGCGCUUCCGGUGAGCACAGCUCAGGUAAGCACCCUUCAGGUGAGCCCGGUGUGGGGGAGCACGCUGCGGGUGAGCACGCUGCGGGUGAACACGCUCCCGGUGAACGGCCUCCAGGUGUGCAGGCUGCGGGGGAACCACCUCCAGGUGAACAGGCUCCGGCUGAACCGGCUCCGGCUGAACCGGCUCCGGCUGAACACACUCCGGCUGAACACACUCCGGCUGAACAAGCCGUGACUGAACUGGCCGCCAAGGAACAGCCUUCGGGGGAGCAGCCUUCGGGGGAGCAGCCUUCGGAGGAACAGCCUUCAGGCAGCCCAGCAGCAACCAGUGCAGGCCCAGCGAUAAACUGCCACACAUGCUCUUAUAUGAAUAGUGAAGCAAAAUGUCUUCGUGGAGAGGGAUCCUGCACCAUUCAGAAUUCCCAGCAGUGCAUGUUAAAGAAGAUCUUUGAAGGUGGAAAACUUGAAUUCAUGGUUCAGGGAUGUGAGAAUAUGUGCCCAUCGAUGAGCCUCUUCUCCCAUGGAACCAGGAUGCAACUUAUCUGCUGUCGGGAUGCAUCUUUCUGCAACAAGACCUAGAAGCUGGUGCUCUUCCUUGCUGCUGGCUCUGACUCAGGCAGCAAAAAUCCUCCACCCACCACCUGGGCCCAGUUUAUAUUUGGUUUCUUUUCCAGUCAACAGCUAGUCACAUGUGUCUCUGCCUGAGUGUCAGACUGGAUGCUCCAUACCAUGCCUCUCCUACCCACUCAUCUCUGCCCUCUGUUUUCUCUGUUCCCCAAAUCCAUCUCUCAACAUUCUUUUGUUUUUCAAUAAA